AUGAGAGAAGGUGUUUUCAGCCUUGCUUUGCAUCCUGAACGUGUGUUGGUGGCAACAGGUCAAGUUGGAAAAGAACCGUACAUCUGUGUGUGGGACUCGUACACUGUGCAAACUGUAUCUGUUCUGAAAGAUGUUCACACACAUGGUAUAGCUUGCUUGGCUUUUGAUUUAGAUGGUCAGCGUUUGGUCUCAGUUGGUUUGGAUUCGAAAAACACAGUUUGUGUAUGGGACUGGAGAAAAGGAAAAUUGUUAUCAAUGGCUCCUGGUCAUACAGACAGAAUAUUUGAUAUUUCUUGGGAUCUGUACCAGCCAAACAAGCUCGUCAGCUGUGGCGUAAAACACAUCAAGUUCUGGAGCUUGUGUGGCAAUUCAUUGACACCAAAACGUGGUGUUUUUGGCAAAACUGGUGAUCUCCAAACUAUAUUGUGCCUAGCCUGUGCAAGGGAUGAAGUGACAUACUCUGGUGCAUUGAAUGGAGAUAUAUAUGUAUGGAAAGGAAUCAACCUUGUACGGACAAUACAGGGAGCACAUGCUGCAGGAAUUUUCAGCAUGAAUGCAUGUGAAGAGGGGUUUGCUACUGGUGGCAGGGAUGGCUGUGUUCGCUUGUGGGACUUAAAUUUUAAACCAAUUACUGUGAUUGAUCUCAGGGAAACAGACCAGGGAUAUAAAGGUCUGUCUGUAAGAAGUGUUUGCUGGAGAGGAGACCAUAUACUCGUCGGGACACAAGAUAGUGAAAUAUUUGAAAUUGUGGUGCAUGAGCGUAAUAAGCCUUUCCUGAUAAUGCAGGGGCACUGUGAAGGAGAGCUGUGGGCUUUGGCUGUCCAUCCUACAAAACCGCUAGCAAUGACUGGAAGUGAUGAUCGAUCAGUCAGAAUUUGGAGUUUAAUAGACCAUGCUCUGAUUGCCCGGUGUAACAUGGAGGAACCGAUUCGCUGUGCCGCGGUUAGUACUGAUGGAAUCCAUCUCGCUCUUGGAAUGAAGGAUGGCUCUUUCACUGUGCUUCGAGUUAGAGAUAUGACUGAGGUUGUUCAUAUCAAAGACAGGAAAGAAGCUAUUCAUGAGCUGAAAUAUUCACCGGAUGGGAAUUUCCUAGCUGUUGGUUCCAAUGAUAGCUCUGUGGAUAUAUAUGGUGUUGUUCAGCGAUACAAGAAAGUUGGGGAAUGUAUUGGAUCUUUAAGUUUCAUCACCCAUAUGGAUUGGUCUUCAGACAGUAAAUACUUACAGACCAAUGAUGGCAAUGGGAAGAGACUUUUUUACAGAAUGCCAAGUGGAAAAGAAGUAACAAACAAGGAGGAAUUAAAAGGCGUUCAAUGGGCAUCAUGGACAUGUGUCUCUGGCCUUGAAGUUAAUGGCAUCUGGCCUAAAUAUUCAGAUAUAAAUGAUAUAAAUUCAGUGGAUGCAAAUUUUAUCGGGCAAGUUAUGGUUACAGCUGAUGAUUAUGGAAUAGUAAAGCUCUUUCGAUACCCAUGUCUAAGAAAAGGAGCAAAGUUUAAAAAAUAUCUUGGUCAUUCUGCUCAUGUGACAAAUGUCAGAUGGUCGCAUGAUCACCAGUGGGUUGUUUCCAUUGGGGGAGCUGAUCAUUCUGUCUUUCAGUGGAAAUUUGUCCCUGACCGGAAGUUGAAGGAUUCUCUUCAUAUAGCACCUCAAGAGAGUCUGGUUGAUUCUAAUAGUGAUGAAUCAGAUUCAGAUCAAUCUGAUGUUCCAGAGCUGGACUCUGAAAUUGAACAAGAGACACAGAUCACCUAUCGUCGACAGGUUUACAAAGAAGAUCUACCUCAACUUAAAGAGCAAUGCAAAGAAAAAAGGAAAAGUGCAGCUUCAAAGAGACGAGAGCGAGCUCCAGGAAACAGUAUAAGAUUACAUUUUGUUCAUGGUUACAGAGGUUACGACUGUCGAAGCAAUUUAUUUUACACUCAGACGGGUGAAAUAGUAUACCAUGUUGCAGCAGUGGGAGUGGUGUACAAUCGACAGCAGAACACACAGCGCUUUUAUCUAGGUCAUGAUGAUGACAUUCUUUGCCUUGCUAUUCAUCCCUUAAAGGACUAUGUGGCAACAGGCCAGGUUGGUCGAGAUUCCUCAAUACACAUUUGGGAUACAGAAACAAUAAAACCGCUCUCAGUAUUAAAGGGCUAUCACCAGUAUGGUGUUUGUGCUGUUGAUUUUUCAGCGGAUGGGAAAAGAUUGGCUUCUGUUGGCAUAGAUGACAAUCACACCAUUGUACUCUGGGACUGGAAGAAAGGAGAAAAGCUUUCAGCAGUAAGGGGAAGCAAAGAUAAGAUUUUUGUUGUUAAGAUUAAUCCUUAUAUGCCAGAUAAACUGAUUACAGUUGGAAUUAAACACAUGAAAUUCUGGCGUAGAGCAGGCGGAGGACUAAUUGGGAGAAAGGGCUGCAUAGGUGCUUUGGGAAGAACCGAUACAAUGAUGUGUGCGGUAUAUGGCUGGACUGAAGAGAUGGCAUUCUCUGGAACUUCCACGGGGGAUGUGUGUAUUUGGAGAGAUGUAUUUCUCAUAAACACUGUCAAAGCACAUGAUGGUCCUGUGUUCAGCAUGCACGCAUUGGAAAAAGGAUUUGUCACUGGAGGGAAGGAUGGGGUGGUCGCUCUCUGGGACGAUACCUUUGAACGUUGUCUCAAAACCUAUGCCAUCAAAAGGGCUGCUUUGGCCCCUGGGUCUAAAGGUCUCCUCUUAGAAGAUAAUCCUUCUAUACGUGCCAUAUCUUUAGGACAUGGUCAUAUUUUAGUGGGCACAAAGAAUGGUGAAAUAUUGGAAGUGGAUAAAAGUGGACCAGUAACUCUGCUGGUUCAGGGUCACAUGGAGGGGGAAGUUUGGGGUCUAGCUACUCAUCCUCAUUUACCUAUUUGUGCCACUGUAAGUGAUGACAAAACCUUAAGAAUAUGGGAUUUAUCUCCUAGCCAUUGUAUGUUAGCUGUUCGCAAAUUGAAGAAGGGAGGUAGAUGUUGCUGCUUUUCUCCUGAUGGAAAAGCAUUAGCCGUUGGUCUCAACGAUGGAAGUUUUUUGAUAGUUAAUGCAGAUACCCUGGAAGAUCUAGUCUCUUUCCAGCACAGGAAAGAUGUUAUUUCAGAGAUCCGAUUUUCUCCCGGGGCUGGAAAGUACUUAGCUGUGGCAUCCUGUGACAACUUUGUAGAUAUCUACAAUGUAAUGAGCAGUAAACGAGUAGGAAUCUGCAAGGGAGCCUCCAGCUAUAUCACACACAUGGACUGGGACAUAAGAGGGAAGCUCUUGCAAGUCAACACAGGUGCUAAAGAGCAGUUGUUUUUUGAAGCUCCUCGUGGGAAAAAACAGACAAUUCCUAGUUUGGAGGUAGAAAAGAUUGGCUGGGCAUCAUGGACAAGUGUUUUGGGCUCUUGCUGUGAAGGGAUCUGGCCAAUAAUUGGUGAAGUCACAGAUGUAACAGCUUCAUGCCUCACUAGUGAUAGUAAAGUAUUAGCCACAGGAGAUGAUUUUGGAUUUGUGAAACUGUUUCGAUACCCUGCAAAAGGAAAGUUUGGAAAAUUUAAGAGGUACGUUGCUCACAGUACCCAUGUAACAAAUGUCCGUUGGACCUACGAUGACAGUUUGUUGGUCACUGUUGGAGGAGCAGACACCUCUUUAAUGCUGUGGACUUAUGAGAUGGAAGGACAUCGGGAUAGCAGACAGUGUGACAGUGAAGAGUCUGAUCUAGAUUCUGAAGAAGAUGGAGGUUAUGACAGUGAUGUGACAAGGGAAAAUGAAAUUAAUUACACCAUCAAAGCCUUAUCAACAAACAUUAGACCAAUGUUUGGAAUUAAGCCUCAUCUGCAACAAAAGGAGCCAAGCUUAGAUGAAAGGCAGGGGGUAGUGAGAGGUUCCAGACCCCCAGUUAGUAGGGCAUUGCCACAGCCGGAGAAACUUCAGACAAAUAAUGUUGGGAAGAAAAAGAGACCUAUAGAGGACCUCAUUUUGGAGCUGGUAUUUGGGUACCGAGGCAAGGACUGUAGAAACAAUGUGCACUAUUUGAAUGAUGGUGCUGAUGUAAUAUAUCAUACUGCGUCUAUUGGGAUCUUGUAUAAUGUGGCAACAGGCUCUCAGUCUUUUUACCAGGAACACAAUGAUGAUAUCUUGUGCCUCACUGUAAAUCAGCACCCCAAGUUUACCAACAUAGUGGCAACUGGCCAAGUAGGAGACUCAGCAGAUAUGUCAGCUACAGCUCCUUCUAUUCACGUGUGGGAUGCAAUGAACAAACAGACCCUGUCAGUGCUGCGGUGCUAUCAUUCAAAGGGGGUUUGCUCAGUCAGUUUUAGUGCCACUGGCAAACUGCUGCUCUCCGUAGGGCUGGAUCCCGAACACACCAUUACCAUUUGGAAGUGGCAGGAAGGUGCCAAAAUUGCCAGCCGAGCUGGUCAUAACCAGCGUAUAUUUGUAGCAGAAUUCAGACCAGAUUCAGAUACUCAGUUUGUUUCUGUGGGAGUAAAGCACGUGAGGUUCUGGACACUGGCUGGAAGAGCUCUUCUCAGUAAAAAAGGGCUGCUGAGCUCCAUAGAAGAUGCCCGAAUGCAAACAAUGCUAUCUGUAGCUUUUGGAGCGAAUAACUUGACAUUUACAGGUACUAUCAGUGGAGAUGUUUGUGUUUGGAAAGAUCAUGUGUUGAUACGAAUUGUGGCCAAAGCUCACAAUGGACCUGUUUUCACAAUGUAUACCACAUUAAGAGAUGGUUUGAUUGUUACUGGAGGCAAAGAAAGGCCUUCAAAGGAAGGAGGAGCAGUUAAGCUAUGGGAUCAAGAGCUGAAACGAUGUCGUGCCUUCAGACUAGAGACAGGACAAAUGACGGACUGUGUUAGAUCUGUUUGUAGAGGCAAGGGGAAAAUUCUCGUUGGGACAAGAAAUGCUGAAAUAAUCGAAGUUGGAGAGAAAAAUGCUGCAUGUAACAUUCUAAUUAAUGGUCAUAUGGAUGGACCAAUCUGGGGCCUAGCAACACAUCCUUCCAGAGACUUUUUCCUUUCUGCUGCAGAAGAUGGCACAGUAAGACUCUGGGAUAUUGCUGAAAAGAAGAUGCUGAACAAAGUCAGCUUAGGACACGCGGCUCGUACUGUUUGUUACAGCCCAGAAGGCGAUAUGGUAGCUAUUGGAAUGAAAAAUGGAGAAUUUAUUAUCUUGCUUGUGACCUCUCUAAAAAUUUGGGGAAAAAAAAGGGACAGAAGAUCAGCGAUUCAAGAUAUCAGGUUUAGCCCAGAUUCUCGUUACUUAGCAGUCGGUUCCAGUGAGAAUGCAGUGGAUUUCUAUGAUCUGACUUUGGGUCCCACACUAAACCGAGUCAGCUAUUGCAAAGAUAUCCCAAGUUUUGUGAUCCAGAUGGACUUCUCUGCAGAUAGCUCUUAUCUCCAGGUCUCUACUGGGUCUUACAAAAGGCAAGUCUAUGAAGUGCCUUCAGGAAAACAGCUUGUGGACCAAGCUGUGAUUGACAGAAUAACAUGGGCUACUUGGACAAGUGUUCUAGGGGAUGAAGUAAUUGGAAUCUGGUCCAGGCACACCGAAAAAGCUGAUGUAAACUGUGCCUGUGUCUCUCACUCGGGAAUCAAUCUUGUAACAGGCGAUGAUUUUGGCAUGGUGAAACUGUUUGACUUUCCAUGUCCAGAAAAAUUUGCAAAACACAAACGAUUUUUAGGUCACUCUGCCCACUUAACUAAUAUUCGAUUUACGAGUGGAGAUAGAUACGUGGUCAGUGCUGGAGGGGAUGACUGCAGCUUAUUUGUUUGGAAAUGUGUGCAUAUGCCUCAUUGAGAGAGAAAUGGAGACUUUCAAAGAGGACACUGCAUGAAGUACCAGGCAUGAAAUUCCCAGGAUUGCAAUGUGACAUUCUACUCUGCCCUGCAUGCAUAAGAAGUGGUGCUGAUCCAAGACACAGAGCAAUCUGUCUCUGAAAGACCAGUAUCUAGAGUUUGUCAGAAGUAUGUGGAUUGUAACAAAUAUGGUGAGGCCGUUAGAUUUACAUCAGUAUCGGAUAAUCCGGGUUUGUAUUUCACUCACUGCCAGAUGUUGAAAAUGAAAUACGUGGAUAAAAGUAAAAAGGGAAUUGUUAAUCAAUGUACAGUUUCACAGUAAGAUCCUGGGGCUUUAAUCAAGAGAUGUUAUUUCUGACCUAGUACUGUACAUUGAUCUAUUUUCAGCAUGAAUGUUUCUUCUUUAAGUUUUGGAAUCUGAAUAUCAUAAAAAAAAAAAAAGAGUAUUCCAUAUUUUAUUACUGAAAGAAACCAUAUAUUAACUCAAAUAUAUAGUAUUUUAAUAAAUGUUUAAUUAUGAUAAUGGAAAUGAUAUUUUUAUGACUGGUAAAAAGGAAACAUCAUCUGGUGAAGCAGAAAAUAAUAGAGCUGAUUCCUUUAGGACUUAAAUAUUUCUGUGUUUAGAGGCCUGGGUCACAGUCAUGUCUGGUGAAAGCCAUUGGAUAUGCAUGAUCUUCAUGGCUAAUUUAGUGUUUUUGUUGCACUUAAACAUUAAAUUAGUUCUGUGAGCAAAAAUAGAUUUGUUCACUUUGCGAGUGCCUUGCCCACAACCUAAAAGUCUAACUCCAAUUUUUGCCUUGUGAAUAAAAGUAUUCUCAGUGGAAGAGAGAUUAUUGCUGUGUUGCUUGACUGAGCUGUUAGCCUCUGUGCUGGAAAUGUGGACUAGGGUGAGGGGUUUAUAGUCUUCAUAAUCGAUAAAGCUUGGGAUGUCACCAGUUGCAAAAAUAGAAUUUCAUAGCAAUAUGAAUUGAUUUUAUUUUCUCAGCAUCCUAGGGGAGGGGGUCGGAGAGAAUAUAAACUGUCCAGACAUUGUCUUUUGUACAUUUGAACUUUUUAACAGGGUUAGGACUAGCUGAGAGAGGUCUCUACUCUGAUUUCUCUCACAAUUGUAAAAAAUGUCCAAUCAUAUGCUUCUUUAAAUGGAUCUGCUGUCACCUCUAGCAUAAGUGCAUUUAUUCUAUCCUGCAACAUAACUGAGACUCUUAAGUUGAAAGAACAUUUCAGUGGUAAUGAAAACCUGAACAAAGCUGUGUUUUGCUAUAAGUGAGGAAGAUUUCAUCAGCUGUUUGUCUAAAUCAUGUCAUAGAGAUACAUUACAGACUGAACCUGUUCCUUAAUCUGUGCAGUUGAUUUUCAUGCAACAUAGAAGGGAACAGAAGUUGCUAAUGAUCAGCACUGCUCUCUUAAUGACAUUCUGCUGUGAACGUAAAACUCUUUCUCUGUGUAAGCCAGCAUUGCUUUAACAAUGGUGUUUGUUUUGUUCGAUCAGUAGGCUUUGAUGUUAUCCACCUCUUUCUUUCUUUUACAUCAGGUAAGAGUAAAAAGAAAUAAAUGUCAUCUCUUCUUGUAAGCAUCUUGUGUGCAUGGUGGUUAUAGGAGGAAUGGGUGGGCAAACAUAUAUAGAAGAGAACGGGGAGAAAAGUUAAUGAGACAGACUUUCAUGCUCUCCAAGGUCCAAAAAUGCUUAUUAUGUGCUAUACAAAGCUAUAGUUACCCAACAGUCUUAGAUAAUAUAUAUAUCAAGCUCUAACAAAUACUUCAAAAAAGUUGUUUAUCAUGUUUCUUGGCAUGAAUGGUUCUCAGCAAAUUCUUGCCAGUCACGCAGCUGUUAUUCUAAGGGAGCAAAAGCUCUGUAGAUUUGGUCAUGAGUGUACAGGGAGACCUUGCCACUAACAUUUUUGACUUUAGGGGAAUUGCAUAUCAGAAUCGAGAUUAGACCUGAUCUGUUCCAUAACCUUGUUGCCUGCCUGCCUGUCUGUUUUAUAUGAAAAUGAGUAUCUGUCAUUUAAAUCUUACCUUUGCCAGAGAAGUCAGUUGCAGCAGGCUAUUCUGUAGCUGAAAUUCUAUCCCUUAUUAAACAUAUCUGUGCUGGACAUCUUGACUUGAAGUAAGAUUUGUCCUGCCUUUAUUUUAAAGUUGCCUUUCAUCAGCUGAAAUUAGGUGGCUGUUAAGAACUCCCUCAUAGUCUGUCCUACUCAGACUGCCAGAUCAAAGUCCAAAUUUUUCCCCUCAAAAUCCUUUUCCAGCCUCAUGAUCUUCUGCAGGCCUUCAUCCAAUGUGGGUAUGUGGGCUAUCAAGAGAUUUCUUCCUUGGAUCCUUGUCACUGGUCAUGUCCUCUUCUCUCCUUCCCUCCCCACUCAUUAAUGCCGUGCCUCUCCACUGAUCAUUUGUCCAUUGAUGCUUUUGCCCUGGGGAGUCUCAAAUGCCACACCAGCCACGGGGGAGGACCGAUGAGAAGGCUGAGGGCCAAGUUGCAGUGGGGCUGCCCUUGGCGGUGCAGGGGUGAUAGCUGCAGGGGGAAAGUCUGAGCCUCCACAUCUCCCUGCUUCACUCUCUUCCAAACCUCACUGCUACUGCAGAGGGAUGGAAUGAGAGCUGGAAGCUGAGGAGGAGCUCUUUAAAAACAAAACCACCUGCCUUGUUCCUCCUAUUGCAGCCGGUGUUGGUAGCUAGCAUUUUCCUGGAAAACUGCUCUGUGGUUCACCAGGUAAAAGGGGGUCAGCCAGUGGGAAUGCUCAUAAACGUUGAGAAGAAGAGUGAGUAGAGACUGAGUUGCAGCUUUCUUCCCGAGGACAGUUUGGAGCCUAUUUUGUAGGACAAACUGUGAUUCUCUGCUGAAGAGAAAAGCUGCCUCUAAGCAUGGUUAAACAUGGCAGCUUUGUGGGUUUUUUGGUCUUUUUGUCUGUGAUGGUGCUUGUUACUGUGCCUCAUCUGCUGUUUACAUCAAAUGCUACUGUAGUAACUUGCUAAUUGCUGCCACCCGUGCUUGAAGCAUGUGUAUCCAGGAGCAGACUGCCUGUUUCAGUAGGCAGUGGGAGCUCGCGGCUGGUUGCUCAGCAAAAAGUCAGAGAAUGACAUAACCCUGUAGGAUACGUCAGGGCAGAAGCUGGAAUGUGGAGACUGGUGGCAGCCUUUCGUUUGGAAGCGCCAGAGAGCAGAAAUAAACUAGAAAACUACAGAACCUAUUCAGUAAAGACAAAAUGCCGUUUUGCUUAAACUAAAUGGGCCCUUGGAAGCUAUUUAAGUCUGUUUAGAAAAAAGAGAAUGAGAGAAGGAAAAUCCAGCUCCUAGGAGCAAGCAAAAAUUAAAAAUAAACACAUUCAGAACUGCAAAUUGCCAUAGUGCAGGAAUUGAAGAAUACAGUUGAGAUUAGGUCAGGGAGAACAAAUUAGCCAAAUGCAUUAAAUCAUUUAGACUUGAAAUCUUGAUUGUUUUAUUCUUCAGGAGGUAGUCAUCAUAUAUGACUGAUUUUGAUAACGAAGGUGAGAGAUGGUGUAAAACUAAAGAUAAAAUCAUUGCAGAAAAUCAGGGCUACUUUGUCACUUGUUGACAGCUGAAGGAAAGCGUGCAUUCAGAGUAACUCCUGACUUUGCUCAAUAUCAGGGUUUCAGUAUUAGCAAGAUUCAUUUCAGAAUAACUCUGAUCUUCAUACAAGUUAGAUUAAUACUAAUCUGGAAUUGUACCACCAGAAAGCAGACACAUUGCAAACAAGUUAUUUCCUGGAUCUGGAAACUAAAUCAAAAUAAAGGACCAAUACCAAGAGCAGGAGUUUGAUGGCGUUCACAGGUGGCUUACUUUUAAAGCCAUGAUCCACUGCUCCCAGCUGCUGCCUGCACCUAUUUGACUUGUGAGUUUGCCAAGCAGUGUUCUGUCCAGACAAGCCCUGAGCAGCUGCCUGUGCAGCACCUCAACUGCUUCCUGACUUGCACCCAGCAGCGUUCAAGUCUCCACUUGCACAUGGAUUUCAUUCUAGACAGAUACACUGGAACCCCUUUAUUGGGCUCGCUCUGCAUGGUGCAGCAAAGGAUCUUGGUUUCAAAUGCAAUUCUUACAUGGACAAGGUGACAGAUUUCCCUAUUUCAUUAUCAGUGUCACAGAUGUGAGGGGCCUUCAUCUUUAAAGAUUUUUAAAAAAAUCCUAUUAGCAAAAGCUAUAUACAAAUGUCAUCAGUGUUUUGGACAAAGUGAAUCAUCCUGUAGACUCUACAGAAAGGGUAGUAAGAUUGCAAGUCACAAAAUAAAAGGCCACAUCGGUUGUUUGAACAUCACUAGCUGUAUUGCAUUUGCAUACUCACUUGUUCUCAUGGUUUUGUCAUGCUGCCACACAAUCUGCUCUGCUUACCUACAGUUCAUAGCACCAUUUGGUUUUCGCUCGUGUUGACAGAUAUGUGAGCUUGCCAUAGCCUGCUGUGUGUUCUCUGUACCAAUCACUGUGGUGUGGUUAGACCAAGCCUUUGAUUGUCUCCAGCUUUGCUCUUCAGUUAACUUUGACUUCAGACUUAAACUCUGCAUAUCUCAUUUCAGAAAAUAAAAAUAGUUUUAGGUGUAUAAUAUGCAUAAAAGCCACAACAGUUUUUCUUGCCAAAAUCAUUCAUAAGUAACUGAAAACUAGUAGGUGGGUUCGGUGAGUAGUUUUCUCCAGUCUGCUUCAUGCUAGAACAGGUAACCACUCACCGUUCCCUUCUCAGAUUACCAACAGUAUGCCAGUCAUAACCUUGAUCUACUUUUUUGUUAACUGUUAAACCAGCAAUCCACCCAAUUCACUUUUUCUGUGGGGAAAAAAAAAAAAAAAAAAAAAAAAAGGCAUGGAAUAUAUGUUCUCUUUCUCCCGCUAGUGUAAAACCAAACAAAAGUGUAAGGUCUGAGCAUGGUGGCAGUAGGCAAUUCUUGUAAUUUCCACUUCUUUUUGCAAUUAUGGAACAUAGGAUAGAAUAAAACCAAUAAAUAUAAACUUGGAGAAAAGGAAGGAAAACAAAGGAAAAUAGAGGAAGGAAUGCUCAAAUAGGCAAAGACAGGACCAAAGAACCAAAACAGGAUGGGGAGGGUGGGAUGUAGGGAGUCAUGUCACUUUCUAGCAAACAUCUUUUUUCAAAUGGGAAGUAUUCAGUGGCUGGUUGUGGAGUUUAAGGACCAGAGAGCACCAGAGUGCUCAAGGAAAGGCUGCAGGCAGCUUUGUUUGCUCUGUUUUGGGGAAGAUGCAGCUGCUCCCUAUUGUUGCUCUUUCCACUCCCGUUCCUACAGGACAGCUGUUUAGUGCUGAGUUAAAGCGGCUAACACCGAUGAACCACUGUUGCAGUGUAUGUAUGUUGGUAACAAAGAAAAUACUGUAAAUAUAAAAAUGCUAUGUAGUACUGUGAGCUCAGGUAAAAGAGUUUAAGGAUGUAUUUUAAGACGCUACUCGUCUUUUCCACAUAAACCAAACACGAAUUGUUUUACUAGGCCUCUUCUGAUUUAUCCAUAUUUUAGUUUCCUGUGCAACUGGGCUUAAGUGCAGUGUUCAAACAAAAAAUACGAAACCAAAGAAAUGCUAUGCUUUAGAAAACUCUUCAUAACCAAGUUGUAUCAAUUACCGCCUAUUUAUUUUCUAUUGAUACAUUAUUCACCAGUUCUUGGUUCUGUUCUCAGACAUGCACAACAUUUAAGAUGACAGCCAUUAAAGCUACAGCCUGUGUAUGUUCUUCAAAUCAUAUGUGAGCUGAAUUUUCCUUUGGUGGUUCCUUGCCUCGGUGGUUAGGCCUGCAGACAGAGGUAUAGCAAGUCAGGGAUGCUGAGUGUAAUGUAGGCCUAUGAAUAUGAGUAGAAAUAAAAUGGUUAAAAGUUCUUGAUUUUAUCCCAUAAUAAACAAUCACAAAACAAGGAAAUAAUUGACUUAAGGUAAACUUUAUGUAAAAAAAAAAAAAAAUAAUCCAAACUCAUUACAGGUGCUGUUUAGACAACUGAACUGGACUUCUUUACCUGUAGCAACUCUUUGGAAGAAGCAUAAAAUCUGUGCAGAAAUAGCUGGACUGGUGCUUUUCCAUCCAUUAAAAGGACUGCCUCACGUGUCCCGAACUCAGCUUGUAUGUUCCUGUCUCUCAGUCUGUCUGGGUUUCUCUUCCAAAAGCCAAAAUAUGAGUUUCCUGAGUUUCUGUUGAUUGUUGUGGGAUAAUGUCAAGACCCUACAAAGUGAUUUUGCCCUUAGUAGUGCAUAUCUUGCUCAGUUUGGGCACAGACGUCAUGUAAGAGCUUGUUUAAAACCAAAAAAACCCAACCCCAAACCAAAACAAACCUCAAUCCUUUUUUUAGUGGUAUCCCGAAAAUUAUUGUCAUGUUCAUUCCAGUGAUGUAGAGAUGUCUGAUUCACACCAUUCUACAUUCUUAAAAGAACCACCUAGUUGGACCCAUUUCACUAUUAAGUGCACCCAACAUAACAGGUGUUUUAAACUAGAGGAUUAACAUCAUUUGUGCUUCACCAGUUUUUCAGAAGAUUAAUUCUUUUUUCACAGGGGACAAAUGCUGCUAUCCAGUAUGUAACUGCAGCUCUCAUAAAGCUAGUGCCAGCUUCAGCUGCUCUUGGGGGAGCUGAGGCAGGAGAUGAGUGCUUAAGGAAAAAAAUGUAGAUUGUUGAAAUAAGUAUUGCAUUGGUGGGUUUGAAAAGGGGAGGUAGGAGGGGUAUUUUAGUUUCUGUCCUCUGCAGGAUUAUAAGCCUUUGGGGGUGGAGGGGUGUUUCAUGUAAUAUCCUCCAAUUAUUCAUCUGUUAGCUCUUGCCAGUACUAUUCUUACCUCUCUCCCUGCCCCCAGGAGCCCUUAAAGUGACUCCCCCCCCUCCCAACCCCCAAGUAAAUUUUUUUUUCAAAUAGAGUGGCUGUGAGAGGUCAGCCAGCUUUAACCACAGCUUCACUGUUACUGUGGUGAUUUGCAAUACAAAGCAUUAUAUUGCUGAAAAUGAAUUUUCUGUUAACUUAGUUGCAAAUUCUUGAGAUUUGGGAGUGGGGGGGAUCUUUCAUGCUCAGAUGAAAAAUAGGGUAUUUAUUCUUCCCAAGAAGCAAAGCAGUUUAAUACCUUUUUCUAGCACCUUACUUCAAGUCUGAGUAUGUGAUGUCCAGCUAUGGAGCUGUAAAUGGUACUUCUGUAACUCCAUGAUUUUUUCAAACACCAGUCACACCCAGGACAUGUUCUAUACUGUACUCUUUGGGAAUUUAAUAAAUAUACUUUCUAAAGAAACUCCAAGCAUGAACACAGGCACAAAUUGCAUGAAAAAAAAAAUAGUUUUCUGUACUUCUGUGAAACGUUGGUGCUGUUGGGUAGUACUUUCCACAUUUCUGGUCUGUUUUCCUUUACGUGCUAUUACUUACCAUUGUGUUGUGGUUUUAGGUGCAAAAUGGCUCCUUUUUCUUUUUAAAGCAGUAUCUGGUUAUUUAUGCUUUUUAGUUCAGUUACAGGUAUAGAGCAUAUUAUAUUAAGUAAUGGAAAAGCUGCACUACUAAUUUGUAAAGAAAGUUAAUGCAUUUUUAAUGUAGCUUUCAAAUAAGAAUAUACUCCAGACCACAAGGAUCACUUAAAAUAAUGUAACAAAGUAAAUGCAUUAGACCCAUUCCCUUUAAAAAAUACACUUUAGCUUUGUGACUUGGUCUGUUCACUUUAUUUUUAGCAGAGAAAAAGCAGCAGCUUGCCUUAUGCUAAACAUUGUACAGUAGGUUGUAAAACAUUGAAAAUGUUGAAAUUGAGCAAUGGAGGUAGUAUUAGUUUUCUGCUGCACUUACAAAUUAUUUCCUCAUCCCACACUGAAAAGGAAAAUGGCGUCAUGGUGGCAGCUAUUUCUGAAAGGGACAGCUACUGAAGGCAUAGGAAAAUUCUAUAGAAAAAUAGUGUAAUUUGAAGUAUUUCAUCUGGAAAUCUAUUUCACCAUUGCUCCAUAUAACGCAAGAGCCUAUCCUCUCCUCCUCCACUCCCCUGUCAGGUCACCUUAGGAAAAUAUUUUACUGUAGUUCUUUAAGCUUAAAAGCCAGUUGUCUGUUUAGAUUUGUUGUGUUUCAUUAUGGAGUGUGUCAGAUAAUCUAUGCCUCUUGCUUUAACAAAAAAUAAAAAAAGAAAAAAGGUAUUUUAAACUAG